CGUUGGUUCGGUUGUGUGUAUUUAGCAGAAGUGCGGGAACUUUUACGACACUGUUUUAUACUUUACUAAAAUUCCUUAAUUUUGUGAGUGUAACGUUUAUAAACACGAUCCGUGUUAAAUAGUGGAUUGUUUAGGAGCUGUUUAGUGAUCACAGGUGAAACAUUCCAACGCCGACGCAGCCUCCGUACCUAGCAGGUGGACAUUAGACUACUAGACCAACCCUGUUUGAAAUAUAUGAGGAUGUUAGUGCGAUUAUGAGGAGUUAUAAACGCUGUUAGGUUUGCUGAGUAACGGUUGGUGUGGUGACCUCGUUCUGACUCGCUGAUGGACAUUCAAAAACUUGAGGAAUGAGAUUACAUCGGUGUUUUAAUUACCGGUGAGAUGGCGCGGGUUGGCCCGCUGAUACAGCGAUGGACGGUCUGGUUUCUGGUCUGUCUACUGCAUGGAGUAUUGGAGGCCACACCAGGGCCAUGUGAAGUGGAGACCGGACAGUCAAGUAUAAUUGUUGAUAUAGAAGAAAGUCGAGGAGAUCAAGUAAACCAAAGCACAGUGCCCGCGAUACUACCAAUAGUUGGGGAACCUGAUGUUGACGUCAUAUUAUCUACGGUGUUCCCGAAGGGUCCGACGUUGUUCGAGCUGGAUGGGAAGAGAUUGCAACUUCUGGAGCCCUUGGACAGGGACGCUGAAAAUCUCUCACAUAUGGUCUUCCAGUUGGUGUGUCAAGUUAAGUCUACUAAGAAAAGAAGGACCAUUCCUGUGAUUGUGAGAGUUUCUGAUAUCAACGACAACGCGCCCGUCUUCCAGGGAACUCCAUAUGUUACCACUGUACCAGAACUGGUGUCACUGGGAUCAACAAUAUUCGACAAGAUCAGAGCUGUUGACAUUGAUGCCGGGGUGAAUGGUCUAUCAGAGUAUUUUAUAAUACCAGGAGAUAAUAAAACUUUGGAAGCAGAGAACGCUGUGGAUGGGUACGGGUACUUCGCGAUACCCAUUCCACAUCAGGGUCAGGUCACCGUUAACAGAAGCUUGGAUUACGAACGAACUCAGAAGUAUCUAGUCACUAUUGUCGCUUCUGAUCGUGCUCGAGACACCAAGCGUCGCAUGUCGGCCACCACUACAAUGACAGUCAACGUACAAGACGACGACGACCAAGACCCUUCCUUCAUUUACAAGGGAUGUAGUUUGAACGAAGGCGCCUGUAUCAACCCGGAGUAUUCCAGUUAUGUAAACAGUGGAGUGUUAGCUGGCAUUCUCAGUAUAGAGCCGGAAAAGAUCCAAGCCGUAGACAUGGACACCCUGAACGAUAGAAUUAAGUACAGCAUCGAGAGUGGAGAGCCGGAGAGCUGGGGGACCUACUUCAGUAUUGACGAGACCUCGGGCGCAGUCAGGCAGCUUGUUGUUGUGGACACCAGCGUCGCUAAGAAGUUCCAGUUAGUUAUAAAGGCUGAAGAAAUAUCAGAAGCAAAACGCUUUACAACUGCUAAGUUAACGAUAACAGUACGUCCGAUAGACGCCAGUCCGCCUGUAGUAUCAACCACGUCCGAUGACGGCCACGUUGAGGAGAACUCGCCAAGAGGAACCAAAGUAUUGGACGGCGAUGGCCAGCCGAUACGGCUCAGUGUUUCUGACCCUGAUCUGGGACCAGGAGAUCCAAAGCCAAAAUAUACAUUUGAACUUACAACAAACUUGUUCGAUAUUGAUAAAGACGGCUUUCUUAUUGUUAACGAUGAACAUUUGGACCGGGAUCCUCCAAACCAAAGUACAUAUAGAGUACAGAUAGUUGCCCGCGAGGCGAACGGCGGUGCAGCAUCAGCGCCGCACCUGGUCAUAGUGCGCUUGUUGGACCAGAACGAUAACGCACCCGUCAUAUCCAAGACUCAACUGAUUACUGUACCUGCCAGCUUGGAACCGGCAGCUGUUUAUAAGGUGGUGGCAACUGAUAUUGACGAGGGUGAGAACGCUCGAGUGACGUACUCCUUGUAUCACGUGUCUAACAAUGGCGGGAACAAGUUCACUAUUGACUCUAGCACGGGACUCAUAUCCAGUACCGGGCGCCUGCAAGCGGGGGAACAGUACAGUGUCACAGUCCGGGCCACAGAUUCCAAAGGUCUGAGCUCCCAGGGGAUCAUAGAGCUGCUGGUGGCGCCCGGACCAAACACACGGCCCCCGCAGUUCUCGUCCAGAGACUACUACGCCCCCGUGUCUGAAGGAGCAGCCAUCAACUCAACGGUUACUACUGUCACUGCCAAGGACCCAGAGAGCGAGCCUGUAGCCUACUCCAUAGUGUCUGGUAACGACCUGCUUCAGUUCGCCAUCGGCUCUGGCACAGGCAUCAUCACCGUCAUACGAAGACUGGAUCGAGAAGUACUUACACGCUACCAAUUGAUGGUGCGAGCCGAGGACCCCGGUAGACUCUCAUCAACAGCUACAGUCAACAUCAAAGUGACGGACAUUAACGAUAACAAUCCAAUAUUUGACAACGAUUCCUAUUUGUUCCACGUUAAAGAAGGCCUCACUGGUGAAUUAGUCGGCUACGUGCACGCUACAGACAUCGACGAAGGAAUAAACGCCAUAGUUAGUUACAGUAUACCUUCCAAUGUGCCCUUCAUGAUCGACAACGCUACCGGUAUGAUCACCACCAGCACAGAACUUGAUUAUGAAGAUACCAAGGAUUAUGCUUUCGUGGUGACGGCAACAGAUGGCGCUAUUGACAGACGUUUCGGAACUGCAUCUGUGAGCGUGCUUGUUGACGAUGUACCCGAUGAACCGCCAAUCUUUCCGCAAGCUCUCUAUUCUGUGCAUGUACCGGAAAAUGUGCCUAAUUACCCUGUAGUUAAAGUCCACGCGGAAGACCCAGACACAUUGUCCGAAAUAACAUACACGAUUAUCAAAGGUGAUACGGACUCGUUCUCCAUCGAUCGUAAGACUGGUAUGAUUCGUACGGUGAAGGCGUUAGACCGGGAGAUGAUCACCAGGCACGAGAUCAUUGUUGGCACCGAGGAGAACAAUGGUGAAGGAAAUGGUGCCACAACUACUGUUGAGGUCGUUGUUGAUGACAAAAACGACAACGCACCACAAUUCACAUCGGUGGUUCGUCCUGUGACGAUAGAAGACACGUCGUCCAUCGGGUCGUUGGUGGACACCGUGGCGGCCAGUGACGCGGACGCCACGGCGCCCAACAACAGGGUCCGCUACUCGCUGGCGGGCCGGGGCAAGGCCUCCGUGUACUUCCACGUGGAGCCCGACUCCGGCGCCGUGCGGCUGAGGGACGAUCUGAGGAAGGAGACGGACAGUGAAUACACGGUCGAUAUCCAAGCAUAUGACCAGGGCGAGCCUGUGAUGUCUUCUGUUACGAGCCUCACUGUGUACGUCAGUCAUUCCGCAACAGUGCCACUGGACGUCAGGUUGGGGUUCCCAGAUACCUUAUACACGGAACAUGUGACCGAAGAUUCGCUCAACAGCACUCUUGUAAGAGUUAUUCCGAUAUGGAACAAGAGUAAACACUCCAAGGACACACCUCUUAAAUGUCUACUUACAAACUCAUCGCAAAAAGCUGUAUUCUACGUGAAAUUAACAGAAGAAAGGGAUUGCGCUAUCUACCUCAAUUCUUCGCUAGACUACGAAACCCUCACAGAAUACUCAUUAGAAGUUCAACUUGAAUCUAUCCAAGGUCUGAUCAACCCUGACAGCAGUCGCGCGAUGGUCAGGAUCCACGUGACAGACGUCAACGACAACCCGCCCGUGUUCAUAUUCAACGAACAGUCCACGAUAGCUGGUGCUAGGGGGAAAUAUUAUGCAAUCGCGACCAAAGAUAUGCCUUUAGGGACUAACGUGCUUCAGGUUAAAGCAAAAGAUAAAGACAGCGGUGAUUUUGGAAAAAUAGAGUAUCGAAAGAAUGCUUGGACCAAGUCUGCCGAAGAAUAUUUCUCUUUGGACACAGAUACUGGAGUCAUCAGCAAUAUUAAAACAUUCGAGAAUGUUCCUAAAGAUAUAAUUCCGUUUAAAUUUAAUGUUAUGGCGAAGGAUAACCCAAAAUCAGACAAUUCCAAGACUGCUCGCGUAUCUGUCGUGAUAAAUCUGCUGCAAAAAGACAACCAAAUGAUAAUUGAAUUAGCUGACGUAAACAUCGAUACCAUGACAGCUCUGCAAGCAAGAAGUCUUCUCUACGAGGUUGAACAGAAAAGUGGCUUAGUGGCUGGCUUGGAGAAGCUAACGCCCAGGCUGUAUCUAGGAGAAAAUGGAACUUUGGAGAGCGAUCCUAAAGGAACCAGCGUAUGGUUGUACCUGUUAGAUCCCAACAGUGGAGAAAUAUUGACAAGGGAGUCAAAACCUAUUAAAAAAGCGAUAGAUGCUGGCGUGUCAGUGAGAGCGCCGCUGGUGGCGGUGGAAGCGCCGCGCCGCACGCAGAUAGCGGCCGCCCCGCUCGCGAGCGCGGUUCCGGCUGCCCUACUGGCUCUGGCCGCGCUCGUGCUCGUAGCGGCCACCGCGGCCACCGCCUACAUCUGUGCCUCCUGGAACAGAUACAAGAAGCACAAAGAGCAUGCAGUACAGCAGCAGUACGGUACCCUGAGCAUGAACGUGGCUGUUCCUCGACCAGCUUCAGGAUACGAGUCCAGCGAAGACGAUCACGCGGCGCCGCGAUAUGAGACUCAGGUGCUGAACAUGGCUGUCGACGACGCUGACCUGCAGCUGGACUUCAGUUCCAACAACCAUGCCUUCAAUGUACACAACGUGCAGUAUUUAUCUAAAGGUGAAAGAAGCCCCACUUUAUCGGAAACGGCGACGACGGCGCGAGCGUCCAGUGUAAAUGAAAGUGGCGGCACUCUUAACAACAUGACUAACUUCGACAACAACAUGAGUCGUAACACACAGACUCUCAACCGGCGGCCGCACACCUCACAGGCGCUCAACAACGCGCUCGGGACCUUGCCCAGGGUCUCCAACAAUGGCGGCGGGGGACUCCUAGCGGCCACUCUGGGGAGGAAGAUGAACGGCAACAACCAUAAGAAGAAAGUGGCACCCAUCAUGGCGUACGAUGAAAUACCAGGGUUGCAGAGGGCGUCGGACAAUGACAACGUGACUUUCGGUAAGCGGAACUUCAGCAGUUACUCGUACGACCAGCCGAUUGAAACAACGACGGAAUUAUGAGCCACCAGACUAGUGAAAUAAAGUGAUGUCCGUCCAUAGACUUUGUACUUAGUAAAUGAUGUGUUCAACGAAUAUACGACUGAAUAGAAGCUCCAAUGUAAGUGUGAAUAACGAAUUUCUAUGUAAUCGCGUAAUUUUAUUGUACUUAGCAAAGGCUAGUCUUAUAAUUGUGCAUAAUAAUGUAAAUAAUAGAAGCAUUGUGUAAUUUUGAUAUUAGGGUACCUGAGAUAUGGUACAAAUUUUAUUGUACAGUUUCAAAUUACUAAUACUUGCCAGUUCAUUAAUCUACUUCUCAUUAUUUUUCUAAUAGGUUUUAGAGAUACAGUUUGUUCGCGCGUUUUUACUGUCUGUCCUGGCAUACAAAUAUUGUUCGAUUUGUUUAUAUUUUAAAGAAUGAAAAUAUUAACAAAGGAUGACUGCAGCUAUAAGAUCUAGAUUGAUGUAUUAUUGUGUCAGAAAAUGAAUACAAAGUGAAUCAUAUAUCUACACACUAUUAUCUAUAUUUAAAAGUGUAAAUAACAGUAAUAAAACGACACCUUUUGAAAAGUAUAAAAUGUAGUUUAUAUCCCAGGGAAUCAGUAAAAACGUUGUUUUACUGUACCUACCUAAUACGUUUUCUAUUCUGCGCUAUUUUAUCUCUUAGUGUAAAAAAUAUUGUCUUAUAUCAUAAUAUCUUAUUUGGAUCCUGUUUCGAUCAUUGUAAUAAAUAUGUGCCAGUUAUAAAUUAUUAUAACAAUAUAAAUCUUAAUGCUCAUUUUUCUAUGAAUGUGAGGUAAUGUGCCAAACGAAUUUAAUUCUUAACAAAGACAAUGUAAACUGUGGAAUAUAAAUAAGUAGUUUACUUUUUUUAUAUAUAUAUAUUUAUUAAUAAAAAAAAAAACAAAUUUUACAUUGCGGUUUCAAAGCAAUAAAAACCACUGAGGUUUGUACAAUUGCUAAAUUAAGUCUACACCAACAGAGUUAAAUUAAUAAAAGAAAAAAUAGUUCACAAUCGUUUGAAACUUAGCUAUACAUUAUAAUUAUACAAAUAAAAGUAAAAGUACUUGAUACAAUUAAUAGUUAAGCACGAUAAAUUGAUCGGUGGUUAGUCAAGUCUUAAGAAGUAUUUUUUUAAAUUCUGUUUUAAAUUAGUCUCAGUCAACGAGUCGGACUUUAAACUAAGGACCCCCCUCCCCCCUUAACUUACGAUAAAACUCAUUAAGAAUCUUUUUUACAUCGCUCAGGAAGUGGUGUCGGGUCGGUGUGGUAUAUUAUAUUGUUUUUUCACAGUUGGCAUUUAACCUUUGUAGUAUCUCAUGUUACUCAUAAUUUAAUUGGCUAAGUGAUACCUUGUCAAAUUUUAAUAUAUUGUAUAUUUUGUAAAUUUUAUAUAUUAAUAAUGUUUACAUUCUAAAAUGUAGAUCAUUUGUAUGAAAAUGUGUUUAUGAUUGUUUUCUUAUUUUUGAGUAAAUUAAUUUUUUCAAUAAA